UGAUGUAUUCCCUUGUGUUUUUUCUUUUUGGGUGGACCAUGAGAGAGUAUGAAAAUCAUUUCAAUCAAGCAUUACAGUAAUAAGCUCUUCUCUCAAUUGUGCUUUCACAAUAGACUAGUAAGGAAACUUAAUUCUUUUGCCAAGACAAAAUGUGGGACCAGGAAGAACUUUUGAAAUGUAUCUGGCAUGCUUUCACAGCCUUAGAUGUGGAUCUUCGUGGAAAAGUAUCCAAAUCUCAGUUAAAGGUUUUGUCUGUCAAUCUUUGUGCUGUGAUGAAGAUCCCCUUUGAUCUUUGUGAGCUGGAAAAGCAUUUCAAAGGUGAAGAGCCGGGUCCUCUGUCCAACCAGGGAUACAUGCCCUAUUUGAGCAACUACAUCCUCAAUAAGGUACAAGACAAUUUUGACAUUUUGGAGUUGUUCAAGUUCUGCUGGAUGUUGUGUUACAAGAAAAACCUCUCCAUUCAACAUCUGCGCAUCUCACAUGACGAUGCAUACAAAGUCUGGUGCAUCUUCAACUUGUUAUCUGAGAGCAAAUACCCACUGUACAUUGUAAACCAGGAGAUUGAAUAUUUAUUGAAGAUGUUGACCAGUGCUAUGGGUGACAUAUGGAGUGGAAGAAACUUUACAGAGUAUCAUCUUGAAAGGAAUUUGCAUGAUACAAACUCUCUAACUGUUUGGGAGCUGAUUGAGCUUGUGGGAAUGCAUUUUUUCAAAAACAAAAGUGUCCGAACUCUGUCUACAGCCAUCAAUGAAGUGUUUGAAGAGCUCAUUCUCGGCAUACUCAAGCAGGGACACAUGGUUAAAAGAUGCCCCAAAGGUAAAAACUGGACAGAGUACUGGUUUGUGCUUCGAACCAAUUCCCUGGAGUAUUAUGUCUCAGAGGAUUUAAUGGAGAUAAAAGGAAUAGUUGUUAUAGAUAGCAACUGCACAGUUGAGUCUCUGCCAGAUAAAGAUGGAAAAAGCUGUAUUUUUUCCAUCAAAAGUGGUGACACAAGUUUUGUGGUCAGUGCAUCAGAUAAAAUGAAAAAAAGGGAAUGGAUUAAAGCCAUUGAAAAGUGCAUUCAGAUCCAGAAGUUGGGGAUGCUGCCUCCUCAGCGUCAGGCUCGUGAGGAACGUAGGGAGCAGAGGAGGAGACAGCAGGUUGCAGAGGACAAGUUGAUGGAGCAGAUCAAGAAGCUACUGGCCACCAAUGAGAACAAGCAGAAGCAACUGGAGACUCUGGAGAAGAGAGUGGAAGAUAUCUACAUAGAGAAUGAGAGAAGGAAGACUAAUUUAGAUCUGCAGGACUGCUUCAGGCUGGAUCUAGAGAGAGAGAAAAUGAUGAGACUCCAGGUGGAAGAGCAAGUGGCACAGAAGUCAUCAGAGCUAGAGCAUUCCCUCCUCCGUGCGAAGGAGUUGGAGAAUAUGUACCACAGCCUGCAGGAGGCGCUAGAAGACGAGAGACAGGCCAAACAAGACCAAGAGGCCAAGACUGAACUGCAGGCGAGGCUUUUGGAGGAGGAGGUCUUGAAAAGAGCAGAGUUGGAGCAGAUGCACCUAAACCAGCAGAGGGCGCUAUCCCAGAGUCAGACCCAGAGACAAGAGCUGGAGGCCCAAAUGCAGGACCAAGAGAGGAGACUACAGGAGGCCACUCAGCAGCUGGAGAGACUGGAGAGGCAAAGAGCCCGGACUGACCAGCACUAUCAGGAUGUGACCCGAAAACUGGAGCACGUUGCAAACAAAUGUAACAACAAUAUAGUGAUCACCAGAUAUGAAGGACUGCUGCGUCUCACACAGCCAGGUCAUAAAAGGCCUCACUUAAUCACUAACUGGGGACCGUCAGCCUUCACAGAGGGGGAGUUGGAGGUACGCAAGAGGUUCUGGCAGAAAAAUAAGAAUUGGUCUGCUGCAGCUGAGUGAAGUCCAGUGAAUCAGCAAAUACAGAGCACCAUACUGACCAAAACUGUGUAAACAUAAUUUUAUGUAGCCAGUUAUUGCUUUGCGUGCAUUUUAAAAACAUGUUUAUAUUGCUUUUAUAAUUUCAUAUACUGUACACUGCAGUUUAUUCUUUCUCUAGAUUUGUUCAGCUGAGUACAUUUGAAAUGUUUUUGACACAUUUUUUGUGAUAUGUACUUGUUAUCAAUACUUUUGUAAUGUAUUAUUAUCCACUAGGGGUCCUCAUUUGAACAGUGAAAUUAAAAUUAGGCUCCUCACUGCUGGGGGUGUCAAAACAUAGAGCUGAUUUAGCUUGCAUAGAGACCAAUUUUUUAAAUUUUUUUUAUUUGAUGAACUUGGCAAAAGCAGCUUAAAAUCAAUUUCAUAUAGAUAUUUUUAUUAAUGAUAUGUUGGUCUAAUCCUGUAAUGUUUGGUCAAAACACAACCUUUGUUAAAAUAACAAAAGAUUAACUGUUCCCUGGAAUGGAGAGGCAUGCAGCCAUUUGGUCCAAAGACAUUUUCUUAUCCCAGACAGGAAAACAGCUUAUCCAAAAAUAAGGCCAUCUCUCGCUGAAUCACCAUCAGACACUUGUACCCUUAAUGCCUGUGACAAAUUAUACUAAUCCCAGUCAUGAAUAUCUGCAGCCCAUGUAAUCUGAAGCACAGAAAUAUGCCUGACAGAUUUCCUUUUUCUGAGUAACAACAUCCUAGUGUUGAUGGUGAUGAGCUUUACUGCCCAGUGGUGUCAAUGCGCAAUUUAAUAAAAUACAUUUUAAAAGUGAA